AGGGGCCGCGGGCGCCGCCGACCGGGACUCAGCAGCCCCGCCAGGCAGCCGCCUGUGAUGCUGCCAUCCCCCGUCGCCCCGUGGCCCCACGAUGACCCACAGCCCCGCGACAAGCGAAGACGAGGAACGUCACAGUGCCAGCGAGUGUCCCGAGGGGGGCUCAGAAUCCGACAGCUCCCCAGACGGGCCAGGGAGAGGCCCCAGGGGGACCCGGGGCCGGGACAGCGGAGCACCUGGUAACCUGGCCUCAGCCGGAGGCCUCCAGGGACGCUCCAUGUCUGUCCCCGACGACACCCACUUCAGCAUGAUGGUUUUCAGGAUUGGCAUCCCCGACUUGCACCAGACGAAAUGCCUGCGAUUUAACCCCGAUGCCACCAUUUGGACAGCCAAACAGCAGGUGCUCUGUGCCCUGAGUGAGAGCCUACAGGAUGUGCUUAACUAUGGCCUGUUCCAGCCGGCCACCUCAGGCCGGGAUGCCAACUUCCUGGAAGAAGAGAGGCUGCUGAGGGAGUACCCCCAGUCCUUUGAGAAGGGGGUGCCCUACCUGGAGUUCCGCUACAAGACCAGAGUCUACAAACAGACCAACCUGGAUGAGAAACAACUGGCCAAGUUGCACACAAAGACGGGGUUGAAGAAGUUUCUGGAAUAUGUGCAGCUCGGGACGUCUGACAAGGUGGCGAGGCUGCUGGACAAGGGGCUGGACCCCAAUUACCAUGACUCAGAUUCUGGAGAGACGCCUUUGACCCUGGCGGCCCAGACGGAAGGUUCAGUAGAGGUGAUUCGAACCCUGUGCCUGGGCGGGGCACACAUCGACUUCAGGGCUCGGGACGGCAUGACAGCACUGCACAAGGCUGCAUGUGCUCGGCACUGCCUGGCACUCACGGCACUCCUGGACCUUGGGGGCUCCCCCAACUACAAGGACCGCCGGGGGCUGACACCUUUGUUCCACACAGCUAUGGUGGGGGGUGACCCCCGCUGCUGCGAGUUACUUCUGUACAACAGGGCCCAGCUGGGCAUCUCAGAUGAGAACGGCUGGCAGGAAAUACACCAGGCCUGCCAGCGAGGCCACUCUCAGCACCUGGAACACCUGCUCUUCUACGGGGCUGAGCCUGGAGCCCAGAAUGCCUCAGGGAACACAGCCCUGCACAUCUGUGCUCUCUACAACAAGGAAACCUGCGCCAGGAUCCUCCUCUACCGCGGGGCCAACAAGGAUGUCAAAAACAACAAUGGACAGACACCCUUCCAGGUGGCUGUGAUUGCUGGGAAUUUUGAGCUGGGGGAGCUGAUCAGGAACCAUCGGGAACAGGAUGUGGUGCCCUUCCAGGAGUCCCCCAAGUAUGCAGCCCGCCGUCGGGGACCCCCAGGCGCAGGACUGACAGUACCCCCAGCACUGCUUCGAGCUAACAGUGACACCAGCAUGGCGCUGCCAGAUUGGAUGGUGUUUUCAGCCCCGGGGGCUUCAUCCUCGGGGACCCCUGGCCCUACCUCAGGACCCCAGGGCCAGUCACAGCCCUCGGCCCCCAGCACCAAGCUCAGUAGUGGGACCCUCCGAAGUGCCAGUAGCCCUCGAGGUGCCCGGGCACGCUCUCCAUCCCGAGGAAGACACCCUGAAGAGGCCAAGAGACAGCCUCGAGGCCGGCCCAGCUCCAGCGGGACUCCCCGAGACGGGCCGGCCGGGGGUACUGGGGGCUCAGGAGGCCCCGGGGGCUCCCUGGGCAGCCGAGGCAGACGCAGGAAACUCUAUUCGGCGGUACCUGGACGCUCUUUCAUGGCCGUGAAGUCGUACCAGGCGCAAGGCGAGGGGGAGAUUUCGCUAAGCAAAGGAGAGAAGAUCAAAGUGCUCAGCAUCGGAGAAGGAGGCUUCUGGGAAGGCCAGGUCAAAGGCCGCGUCGGCUGGUUCCCCUCUGACUGCCUGGAAGAGGUGGCAAACCGCUCCCAGGAGGGAAAGCAAGAAAGCCGAAGCGACAAAGCAAAGAGACUCUUCCGGCAUUACACUGUGGGCUCCUACGACAGCUUCGAUGCCCCAAGUCUAAUGGAUGGGACUGACUCAGGGAGCGAUUACAUCAUCAAAGAGAAGACAGUCUUGCUGCAAAAGAAAGACAGCGAAGGGUUCGGGUUCGUGCUCCGUGGGGCCAAGGCGCAGACCCCCAUCGAGGAAUUCACCCCAACCCCGGCCUUCCCGGCGCUGCAGUACCUCGAGUCUGUGGACGAGGGUGGCGUGGCGUGGCGGGCAGGACUGCGGAUGGGAGACUUCCUCAUCGAGGUGAAUGGGCAGAACGUGGUAAAGGUUGGCCACCGGCAGGUGGUCAACAUGAUUCGUCAGGGAGGCAACACACUGAUGGUAAAGGUGGUGAUGGUGACCAGACAUCCGGACAUGGACGAGGCUGUCCACAAGAAAGCAUCCCAACAGGCUAAGCGGCUCCCGCCCCCAGCCAUCUCCCUGCGUUCCAAGUCUAUGACUUCAGAAUUGGAGGAAAUGGUCUCCCCCUGGAAGAAGAAAAUUGACUAUGAACAACAGCCUGCGCCGGUGCCCAGCAUGGAGAAAAAGAGGACUGUCUAUCAGAUGGCUCUCAACAAACUGGAUGAAAUCUUGGCUGCGGCUCAGCAGACCAUAAGCGCCAGCGAGAGUCCUGGACCUGGUGGCCUUGCGUCCCUGGGCAAGCACCGGCCCAAAGGCUUCUUCGCCACGGAGUCGAGCUUUGAUCCGCACCACCGCUCCCAGCCAAGUUAUGAUCGCCCUUCCUUCCUGCCUCCCGGACCUGGGCUUAUGCUCCGGCAAAAAUCUAUUGGAACUGCAGAGGAUGACAGACCCUACCUAGCCCCACCAGCCAUGAAAUUCAGUCGUAGUCUGUCAGUCCCCGGCUCGGAGGACAUCCCCCCACCACCCACCACGUCCCCACCAGAGCCCCCCUACAGCACACCCCCAGCCCCUUCCUCCUCCGGACGCCUCACCCCCUCCCCCAGGGGAGGCCCGUUCAACCCCAGCUCUGGGGGCCCCCUUCCCGCCUCCUCCCCUUCAUCCUUCGAUGGGCCCUCCCCUCCUGACACCCGUGUGGGAAGCCGGGAGAAGAGCCUGUACCACAGUGGACCCCUGCCCCCUGCCCAUCACCACCCACCACACCACCACCACCACCACGCACCGCCUCCCCAGCCCCACCAUCACCACGCACACCCGCCUCACCCACCAGAGAUGGAGACGGGCGGCUCCCCUGACGACCCACCGCCACGCUUGGCUCUGGGACCCCAGCCCAGCCUUCGAGGCUGGCGGGGCGGAGGACCUAGCCCGACCCCGGGGGCUCCAUCGCCUUCCCACCACAGCAGCGGAGGCAGCGGCCCCUCUCAGGCCCCAGCCCUGCGCUAUUUCCAGUUGCCCCCGAGGGCGGCCAGCGCGGCCAUGUACGUGCCAGCUCGCUCGGGCCGCGGUCGCAAAGGCCCGCUGGUCAAGCAGACCAAAGUGGAAGGGGAGCCCCAGAAGGGCGGCCUCCCUCCCGCGCCGUCCCCCACGUCUCCGGCGUUGCCGCAGCCGCCACCCCCGGCCGCGCCGUCGGAGAAAAACUCCAUCCCAAUCCCCACCAUUAUCAUCAAAGCCCCGUCCACCAGUAGCAGCGGCCGCAGCAGCCAGGGAAGCAGCACCGAGGCCGAGCCUCCCGCCCAGCCCGACGGCACGGGUGGUGGCGGCUCCUCGCCCGGCCCCGCGCCCACCACCUCCCCGGUGCCGCCGUCCCCGUCGCCCGUGCCCACCCCCGCGUCGCCCAGCGGUCCGGCCACCCUGGACUUCACCAGCCAGUUUGGAGCAGCCCUGGUAGGCGCGGCGCGGAGGGAGGGAGGCUGGCAGAACGAAGCCCGACGGAGGUCCACGCUGUUCCUGUCCACCGACGCAGGGGAUGAGGAUGGCGCUGGCAGCGGGCUGGGCCCCGGGGCGCCCCCGGGUCCCCGGCUGCGACACUCCAAGUCCAUUGAUGAAGGCAUGUUCUCCGCCGAGCCGUACCUCCGGCUGGAGUCCGGGGGCAGCAGCGGGGGGUACGGGGCCUAUGCGGCGGGCAGCCGAGUCUACGGCGGCAGCGGGGGCAGCAGCGCCUUCACCAGCUUCCUUCCCCCGCGGCCCCUGGUGCAUCCCCUAACCGGCAAGGCCUUGGAUCCCACCUCUCCUUUGGGGCUGGCCUUGGCCGCCCGGGAGCGGGCCUUGAAGGAGUCUUCAGAAAGUGGGGGCGUCCCUCAGCCGCCUCCAAGGCCCCCCUCGCCACGUUACGAUGCCCCACCGCCCACCCUCCACCACCAUUCGGCUCACUCACCACAUUCUCCCCAUGCGCAUCACGAGCCAGUGUUGCGCCUCUGGGGGGACCCGUCGCGCAGGGAGCUGGGGUACCGUGCAAGCCUGGGGAGUCAGGAAAAAGGCCUCCCCGCCAGUCCCCCUGCAGCUCGCCGGUCCCUGCUGCACCGUCUGCCCCCGACGGCUCCUGGGGUCGGGCCUCUCCUGCUGCAGCUGGGGCCUGAGCCCCCCACCCCCCAUCCGGUGGUGAGCAAGGCCUGGCGUUCCACAGCUCCAGAGGAGCCGGAGCGGUUGCCCCUACACGUGCGGUUCCUUGAGAACUGCCAGCCCAGGCCCCCCGCAGCGGGUACCAGGGGUUCUUCCACCGAAGAUGGGCCUGGGGUCCCACCACCCAGCCCUCGCAGGGUCCUGCCUGCGUCUCCCACCUCCCCGCGGGGCAGCGAGGAGAACGGCCUUCCGCUGCUGGUCCUGCCACCGCCGGCCCCAUCCGUGGACGUAGACGACGGCGAAUUCCUGUUUGUGGAACCACUGCCUCCGCCUCUGGAGUUCUCCAACAGCUUUGAAAAGCCAGAGUCACCUCUCACUCCUGGGCCUCCCCACCCUCUGCCCGACCCUCCCACCCCGGCCACCCCUCUGCCCCCAGUACCACCCCCAGCCGUGGCCCCGGCCCCCCCUACCCUGGACUCCACCGCAUCCAGCCUGACAUCUUAUGACAGCGAAGUGGCCACGCUGACCCAGGGGACUCCCGCGGCUACGGGGGAUCCUCCUCCCCCAGGCCCGCCGGCCCCAGCAGCCCCAGCUCCCCCAGCCCCGCAGCCAGGCCCAGACCCUCCACCUGGCACGGAUUCUGGCAUCGAGGAGGUGGACAGCAGGAGCAGCAGCGACCAUCCUCUGGAAACUAUCAGUAGCGCAUCCACACUCAGUAGUCUCUCUGCUGAAGGUGGAGGCAACGCAGGGGGUGGGGCUGGGGGCGGGGCCGGGGUGGCCAGUGGGACAGAGCUGCUAGACACCUACGUUGCCUACCUGGAUGGCCAGGCCUUCGGGGGGAGUGCGACUCCCGGUCCACCAUACCCCCCACAGCUCAUGACUCCCUCUAAGCUCCGGGGCCGGGCACUGGCUGGUGGAAGUUUACGACCUGGUCCUAGUGGGGGACUCCGAGAUCCUGUCACCCCCACCAGUCCCACCGUCUCUGUGACCGGAGCUGGAACAGAUGGACUACUGGCCUUGAGUGCUUGCUCCGGACCCUCGACGGCAGGUGUGGCUGGGGGUCCCGUGGUAGUGGAACCGGAAGUCCCAUCAGUACCCUUACCGACCGUCUCAUCCCUGCCUCGGAAGUUGCUGCCUUGGGAGGAGGGCCCCGGACCCCCGCCACCACCCCUGCCAGGGCCCCUGGCCCAGCCUCAGGCCUCCGCCUUGGCUACGGUCAAAGCCAGCAUCAUCAGCGAACUCAGCUCCAAGCUCCAGCAGUUUGGUGGGUCCUCGGCAACUGCAGGAGGAGCUCUGCCAUGGGCCCGGGGAGGCAGCGGGGGCAGUACCGACAGCCACCACGUGGGAGCCAGCUACAUCCCAGAAAGGACCUCAUCCCUACAGCGGCAGAGGCUCUCCGAAGACUCCCAGAGCUCUCUCCUCUCCAAACCCCGAAGCAGCCUCUUUCAGAACUGGCCUAAACCCCCUCUGCCACCACUCCCCACUGGACCCGGGGUCUCCUCUUCAGCAGCUGCCGGCCCAGGAGCUACUUCCCCAACGUCGUCCUCAGCUUCCGCCCGACAUCUGCAGGGCGUGGAGUUUGAGACACGGCCUCCUCUGCUCCGCCGGGCGCCCAGCCCCUCGCUGCUGCCCACCUCCGACCACAAGGUCAGCCCGGCGCCCAGACCCUCCUCUCUGCCUAUCCUGCCUUCCGGACCCCUCUACCCGGGCCUCUUCGACAUCCGCAGCUCCCCAACAGGAGGGGCAGGAGGCUCGGCUGACCCUUUUGCUCCCGUGUUUGUACCACCGCACCCUGGGAUAUCCGGGGGUCUUGGAGGAGCCUUGUCGGGGGCCUCUCGCUCCCUAUCGCCCACACGCCUGCUCUCGCUGCCGCCGGACAAGCCCUUUGGCGCUAAGCCUCUGGGGUUCUGGACCAAGUUUGAUGUGGCUGAUUGGCUGGAAUGGUUAGGCUUGUCGGAGCAUCGAGCCCAGUUCCUGGACCACGAGAUUGAUGGUUCCCACCUGCCCGCCUUGACCAAGGAGGACUAUGUGGACCUGGGCGUGACCAGGGUGGGUCACCGUAUGAACAUUGACCGGGCUCUCAAAUUUUUCCUGGAAAGGUGAUGGCUGGCCUGGACGGACCAGCCCGUCCAUAGGACCCUUGGGCCUGUUGGCCUUUUGACCUCUGACCAUCUCCCCCCCCCCAGGAGGCUAGGGACUCUGCUAAAACUGUGCCCUGCCCUGUCUCCCUAGGCCUGAGGUCCCCAAGUGGACCGGAUGCAGGCCAGACACUCGCACCUCACAGGAGGUGGGCAGCUGAUACUGAGACUUUGGUGUGUCACCUCGUGGAGCCGAGGGGGUGGGGCAGAAUAUUAGAGAAAUGACACGGGGGAUUGAAAAGGUGGGACGGUUCGAUUCUGGGGGUGUGGGGAGAGGAAGGGGACAGACAGAGCCAUAGAGGGUCAGCCCAGAGCCUGACCGGAUGGAGGCGGUCCCCCAGGCCGCAGGGGAAGGUGUGCUCUCCCAUUCCAUCACCUGCGCCUGUCUAACAGCCCUUCCCACCCUCUCCAGGCCCCUCUGCCUUCCCCUCGUUCCUCUCCAUGGCAUACUCAAGCUGCCACACCGCCUGCUUCUUGCACGCCGGUUGCACGCCCACUCCCUUCCCCACCGCAGUUUUGCACAAGCUUGCCCUCUCGCUGUCUUGCACAUUGCCGGCUUCCAAGGCCUUCUCAAGCUCUCCAACUAGCUGCACCUUUUUCCUCUCUUGCGCCACAGCUAGCUCGCUCUCCUACACGCCCCCCGCCCGGCCCUAGGGCCCCUAGGCUGCACCCUUCAUUUCUCUGACCCAUGCUGCAGACACACAUGGGACUCCCCCUCCCUCUGCCGCUCACAGACCCCUCUCGCGUAAGCCCUG